UCCCCGGAGGCAAGCUUCUCGGCCAUCUACGCACUUAGGUGGGCGGUCUGUCGCACUCGAGGUGGGGCUUCAGUCGCUGCAGAUAUGCUUCCGGGUUCCGCCGCUAAAAAGUGGCGAAACUUGUUUGUAUGUGACCGGAAGCACUGAGGGUACUUUUGAGCAGAGGAGAAACGCAGUGUGGGCGAGUGUGCAGCUCCAGGGCCAGCAGCCGAACUGAAGGCCUUCUUCUCUCCAUUCAUAACUUCCUUAGCUUCCGCACCGCUCUCUUAAGCCUCCACCCAGCCCCUCCUCCCGCCAUCGAGUACUGGAGGGCUCGAAACCCCGCCCCGCGUGCGUCCGACUUUUUCUGCGCAGACAGGAAAUGCCUGCGCAGACGCGCGGGGAAGGCGGUUCCUGGCCGACUUGGAAUUUACAAGCUGUUGGUUUGCAGUUAGUUUCGGCGCGGCCUGGCAGACAUUGCAUUUCGCCCUCAAAAUGUUGCGUUUGGUGAGCUGGAACAUCAAUGGGAUUCGGAGCCCCUUGCAAGGGGUGGUACACCGAGAGCCCAGCAGCUGCGCCCCCGUGGCCGUAGAGCGCAUUCUGGACAAGCUAGGGGAUGUGCUGACAGAACCCCUGGCUAUUGUUGAGGGCUAUAACUCCUAUUUCAGCUUCAGCCGCAACCGUAGUGGCUAUUCAGGCGUAGCCACCUUCUGUAAAGACAACGCUACCCCAGUAGCUGCUGAAGAAGGCCUGAGUGGCCUGCUUGCCACUCAGAAUGGGUGCGUGGGUUGCUAUGGAAACAUGGAUGAGUUCACCCAAGAGGAGCUUCGGGCUCUGGAUAGUGAGGGCCGGGCCCUCCUGACACAGCACAAGAUCCGCACAAAUGAAAGCCAGGAGAGGACUUUGACACUCAUCAACGUGUACUGUCCCCAUGCUGACCCUGGAAAGCCUGAGCGGCUAGCCUUUAAGAUGCGCUUCUAUCGCUUGUUGCAGAUCCGAGCAGAAGCCCUCCUAGCAGCUGGCAGCCACGUGAUCAUUCUAGGUGACCUGAACACAGCCCACCGCCCCAUUGACCACUGGGAUGCACUCAAUUUGGAAUGCUUUGAAGAGGAUCCAGGGCGCAAAUGGAUGGAUGGCUUGCUUGGUGUCUGGGGGUGCCAGGCUGGGUCCCAUGUAGGGCCCUUUAUGGAUAGCUUCCGCUGCUUUCAACCAAAGCAGGAGGGGGCCUUCACCUGCUGGUCAGCGGUCAGUGGUGCCCGCCAUCUCAACUAUGGCUCCCGACUUGACUAUGUGCUGGGGGACAGGGCUCUGGUCAUAGAUACCUUCCAGGACUCCUUCCUAUUGCCUGAGGUGAUGGGCUCUGACCACUGCCCUGUGGGCGCAGUCUUGAGUGUGUCCUCUGUGCCUGCAAAACAAUGCCCACCCCUGUGUACCUGCUUCCUUCCUGAGUUUGCAGGCACCCAACUCAAGAUCCUUCACUUCCUAGUUCACCUCGAACAAGAUGCUGUAUUUGGGCAGUCAGCACUGCAAGUCACCAAUCAAACCCAGGUACAGAUGCACCAAAACAAAGCCCGUGUGCGUUCAUCCAGACUUCGGUCAAGCCAGGCUGGCUCCAGCAGAGGCCAGAAAAACCUGAUGAGCUACUUCCAGCCAUCAUCCAGGCAUCCCCGAUCCUCUGCAGACUUGGAACAGUCUAGCCUGCAACUGAUGCAUGACCUGGGGACCCCAAUGACCCCAAAGGAGAAGGUGACAGCCAAAGUGGUAGAAGUACGGGCCAAGGCUUCAGAGACCAGGGAUGAGAAAGAGGUGCAGACUUUGUUCUGGAAGUCUGUGCUAGGGGGUCCCUCACCCAUGCCCCUUUGUGGGGGCCACAGGGAGCCAUGUGUGAUGCGUACUGUGAAGAAGCCAGGACCCAACCUGGGUCACCACUUCUACAUGUGUGCCAGGCCCCAGGGUCCUCCCAGUGACCCCUCCUCCCGCUGUAACUUCUUCCUCUGGAGGAGGCCCAGCUGAGCUAACACAGGCAUAGGAAUAUCUGGUAUGGUCAACUCUAUACAUUAUCUGAAGCUAAAACCCCUCCUUCUAAGCUGCCAAUGUUGUCUCCUCCCCCAAGGCCUCACUUCACUUUCUUCUCAUACUCUUCCCUGAAAGAAUCUUUCCUUUCCCAUUCCUCAUCUUCAUCCUCCAAGGCCACCCUUCCUCUCCUUCUUGCCUAGCUCCUCAUUGGUGAGCUUCUUGUGCCUUGAUUCUGUAACUCAGCCCCUCACCUCACUUCCCACCUUCUUGUCAGAAGCACAGGAGAACCAGUUGCCCCAGGAAGUUGUGAUUUUAAAUCUCUACCCACCUUGCUGGGAAAUGUAUUUGUACGUAAAUAAAGUCUGUAUCUUUGUUUCAUUGCACCACA